UUUGUUUAAUUUACAUUACUUUGUAGAAAUUGUUUUCACUCUCACAAUAAAGAAGCUUUUUUUAGUCAUAUUUUGUUUGUCAAUAAAGCCAAAUUAUAUUGAUCAUGAUUGAUUUACAAAAUCAAUAAGAGGGGAAAACAUCCAAGGGGGUGAAUACAUUUUAUCGGCACAGUAACGUUUUUGGCAUGUUUGCAUUUAAAGUAAAAAAAACAUGACAUAAUACUGAAAAAGAAGUAAAAAAAAUAGCGUUUUAUUUUGUGCUGCUGGAAAUGUCAAAAGAAAGAUGAGAAAAUGAUAACUUGUGAAAUUGUAUUUCACCACAGAAACACUUCUUCCUCAUAUGUAUGAGCACGAUUGCAGAGGUCAGGUCUGUCUCAUUCAGUUCUAACCACAUGCCUGCCUGCUAUUCUAUAUAAGCCAUACUAGUUUCACAGACGCUCUGUUCAAAGGUGUUCAUGCUGAUUUACAGCAGUUGGAGAUGUACGCGGGUGUGAACAGAGGACGUUAUGUGGGUGAUUAUAGCGUCAUCCUUUAAGGCGAGUUUGCACACUUACAGUAAAAGGUACCACAAGAGUUGAAAUCGCACGAAUUAUGUUUUAUGCUAUGCACCAGUUAAAACAUUGUCUAAUGAACUAAAGCAGCGGUUAAAAUGUUAGUCUGUCUUUCUCCCUGAGUGUUACACAAUGUGAUAUUUGUGUGAUAAAGGAAGCAUCGUCCUCAGUACCUGUUCUCCACCCGUCCAACAUGCAAAUAAUGUUAUGAUCAGACGCUUAUUCGCAGUGACUCAAGUUCCUGUUUUCUGCUUAGACCUGUGAUAUUUAUUCCCGCAUGCACUGGCAAAGAUGCAGGGCAUGCUUUGAGACGAUCACUUCUUUUCUUUUUUUCCUCUACCAGGAUACAAAGAUGCCAGGAAUGACUUGGGUUUGAACACAAGUUUAAAUUUCUCUCAAGAAGCAUGAAGUCAUCCUCCUCACAGUGACAGCAUGGAUGCUGGAAGUCCUGAUACAAGCUUUCUGGGAAUUCACUGAACUGCUACUGGACCUGUGCUUAAGAUGAAUGUAGGCAACCACAGCUGUGAAAGCCUUAAAGAUCUACGGGAAUACCAGCACUACAUGUAUGCAGUGGUCUACAGUGUGAUCUUAGCACCAGGCCUGCUGGGUAAUGGGCUGGCCAUCUGGGUGUUUAGGGUUUAUGUGAAAGAAACCAAGAAGGCCGUGGUGUUCAUGAUGAACCUGGCAGUGGCUGAUCUACUGCAGGUGCUCUCUCUGCCCCUGAGGAUCUACUAUUACUUGAAGAACACCUGGCCCUUUGGUCAUCCUCUCUGCAUGAUCUGCUUCUAUCUGAAGUAUGUCAACAUGUACGCCUCUGUCUAUUUCCUGGUGUGUGUUAGCAUUCGUCGCUGUGAGCUCAUCAUGUGUCCCCUGAGGUACAACUCAUCCAGGCGGAAAAGGGACAUGCUCAUCUGUGCCUUCGGCUGGCUGCUAGUCUGCCUGGGCUGCCUGCCCUUCCCACUGCUGAGGAACCCCAGUGGGGUCUUAAUUAAUAAGUCUAAUGAGGCCACCGUGGAGGCGACUACCCCUAUCUCCCCUGUUUGUUUCGCAGAGCUGCCCAUGAGACCGGUCAGCAUUCCAGCAGCCUGGGCACUCCUGAUCCUCGCUGAGCUGCUGGGUUUCAUUAUCCCCCUCAUCCUGGUCUUAGCAUGCACUUUUUGGACUGCUGGUAGCCUCCGAAAGACAACAGCAGGGGCUUUUCCCGACAGAGGGGAGAAAAGGAGAGCAUUACGGAUGGUGCUGAGCUGUGCUGUGGUGUUUUUAUUGUGUUUUGCUCCUUACCAUGCCACCAUGCCGUUGGACUUCUUGGCUAAAUCCAAUGCCCUGAGUAGCUGCACCCUCAGGGACAUGAUUUUUCGAUGCCACCCCAUCGCUCUCUGCCUGGCCAGCCUAAACUGUAGCCUGGACCCGCUCAUGUACUAUUUCACAACGGAUGAAUUCAGGAGGCGACUGAGCAAGCCAGAGAUAGUAGAGGGCAUUACUUUCAGUAGGCGCUUGUCCUGUAUAACUGGAGAAGAGGACCAGGAAGAAGACUAGAUUCUCAGUCAGUGUCUGAAUUUUCAUGUUAUGGACCAGAAGUUUAAACUCACCCACUAAACGCUUAAAACCAGAAACUACACUCACCAGCCACUUCAUUAGGUACACCUCUCUGACUGGGGAAAAAUAGACACAUUAGUGAAUGGGUGCUGGAUCCAAAGAAGCAAAGAGGUCAAAUAAAUGAUGGAAAUGGGAGCUCCCUGUUGUGUUGACCUCCUUGCUUCUUUAAACAGAUGAGGACGAAAUUAUUAUCCCCAGAUGAAAGUUUCAUUUUUUAAAAGUAUUUCCCACGGAAUUUUAACACAGCUUUGCCAAACAUCCUGGUCUUAAUUUGGAUAAUUAUAUUAUUUUACUUUGCAUGCAGAAACAACUUUAUUUUCCAAAAACUACCAGGGUCCAAACUAUUAGCCUCCCCUGAUACUAAUAGUCAGCUGUGUCUCCUUUUUGCUAGAUAACAGACUUUAGUCAUUAGUUGUAGUUUUCAGGGAGUCUCAGACUUGUCUCCUGAGGAAUCCCAGCCCAUUCUUCCUAUGCCAAUCUCCCAACAUCCUCCAGAUCUUUGUGCUAUAGCUCAACAAAAAGGUCACUUCUAAAGGGGGUUUAUAUUUUUGACCCUGGUAGUUUUUUUUUUAUUUUUGAUUGGGUGCAAAGUAAAAUAAUGUAAGCAUCCAAAAUGAAAAUAGGAUGUUUGGAAAAGCGGUGUUAAAAAUUCCUUACUUUGUUUAACAGCUCUUGGAAAUGUGUAAAAAAAUGAAAUUUUCAUGUUGGGAGAGGCUGAUAGUCUCACCCUCAUCUGUACCUGUUCAACUGCUCAUUAAAGCAAAUAACUAUAAACAGCUGAUUACAUGGCAGUAACCAGUGCAUUUAUGCAUGUAGACAUGGUCAAAACAAUCUGCUGAAGUUCAAACCGAGUGUCAGAAUGGAGAUGAAAAGUGACUAAAGGGACUUUAAACACGCCAUGGUUGUUGGUGGUUUGGUAGGUGUUAAUGCUGUUUACACCAAAUUCUGAUACCACAACUCAAAAUCAAGACUCAUCAGACCAAGCACUUUUUCUAACCUUCUUGUGUCCUAUUUUGGAGAUCAUGUCAGAAUUAGCUUGUUCUUUGCUUUUGUUGCUGUAGCCCAUCUGCUUCAACUUGUGCAUCCAGAGAUGUACUUCUGCAUACCUCAGUAGUAACAAGAUUAUUUGAGUUAUUGUUGCAUCUCCUCGAGUGCCCACUUAAGCCUGGCUGCAGAGUCAUGGAAAGUCACACCUCAUGUUAAAAUGCUGUGUUUUUUCAUCAGAAAUAAACAUGUUACUAAGCUGGUUCAAGGAAUGAGUUUGACUUCCACCAUUCUGAUGCCUGUUUUGAACUUCAGCAGAUCAUCUCGACCCUGUCUGCAUGCCUAAAUGCAUUGAAUAAUGCCAUGUUAUUGGCUGAUCAGAUGGCUGCUACAUUACUGAGCAGUUAAACGGGUAUACCUAAUAAAGUGGCAAAUGAGUGCAUAAUGUACAUUUAAAUUUGAUGAAAUAAAAAAGUGUGAUUUUCCCCUAUUUAUUUUCAAUAAAA